AUGGAGGGAGGGUACCGUGGGACUAAUGACUCUGAACUCAGACGAAGUGUAUCAAAUGAUCGAACAAGCAGUGCCACUUCUUCAUUAAGGAGGCGUUCUUUAAGUUUAUCAGGUGCUCAGCCUUCCCAAAUAGAUGAUGACAUUGAAAGUGAGCGUGUUUCAGAGGCAGGAGAUAUAGGGGAUCGGGCUCUUCACAGCAACAGGCACAGUGAGAGUGGCAGCAUCCGCUUGUUGCCUUCAGAGGAUAUUCAACUGCAAUCCUAUGGGUUCUGGUGUCGUGAUCCGGUUACAACCACUGCAAUAUCCCCUGUCUCACCCUUGCCAGAGGAAAUCAUAUCUCCUCUUUCCACUGAUGCAGUCGUAUGCCAUGAGGACAAAAAGCAAGAAACUACAACAAAGUUGCCAAAAUUGUUGGAAUAUGGUUCAUGUAUGACUCAUUUAGCCGUUUUUGGCAUUCUUGGGGUGUUAACGAGAUAUCUGCUGCAAAAGUUGUUUGGCCCUGGAGUUGUUGGUGUAACAAGCAACCAAACCAUUCUCUACCUCGACCUUCCUUCUAAUAUGGUUGGUUCUUUCUUGAUGGGGUGGUUUGGUGUUGUUUUCAAAGGAGAUAUUUCAUAUGUGUCAGAUCAUUUGGCCAUUGGAUUAACAACCGGUUACUUGGGAAGCCUUACAACUUUCAGUGGGUGGAACCAGAAAAUGCUUGAACUCAGUGUUGAAGGCCAUUGGGUUUUUGUUCUGCUGGGUUUCUUAAUAGGUCUGUUUCUUGCGGCCUACUCCAUCAUUGUUGGGGUAGAGACAGCUAAGGGUUUUAGGCAGCUUCUUGAAAGGAGUUCAGGAUGUGGUAUAACUAGUUCUGGCACAAGCUGGAGGGUUGACAGCCACAAGCGUCACUUGGUAGUUUUAGCUGUGUUUUUGCUGAUGCUAGUUUCUCUAUGGAGUGUAAGUGGAGUAUUGCUAAGGGAGGAGUUUAGCAGUGACAGCAGUGAGGCGCAACUAUGGUUGGCUUGCAUAGUUGGACCUCUAGGUGUGUGGAUCAGGUGGUUCUUAGCCAGGCUUAAUGGACGUGGAUUAGGCAGGAUGGGGUUGCUGAAAUGGUUUCCAUUUGGUACUCUAAUUGCCAAUGUUUCUGCAGCUUGUGUCAUGGCAGCUCUGUCUACUGUGAAGAAAGAGGUGGAUACUAAGACGUGUGAUAUUGUUGCAACAGGCAUACAAUUUGGAUUGCUGGGCUGCCUGAGUACCGUUUCUACCUUCAUUGCUGAGUUCAAUGCAAUGAGAGAAAGCAAAUACCCCUGGAGAGCAUACACAUAUGCCAUGGUUACGAUAUGUACCUCGUUUGGUUUGGGGACCCUGAUAUAUUCUGUACCUGUUUGGACAAAGGGAUACAAGUAG